AUGGCUGAAAACAUUGGUUCCUUCGCCCCACCAGAACUGAAGGCUUUUCAUCCAUACACUUGGAUGAGGCACUUCAUAUUCAUGAAUGAUGUACAAAUUGGGGGUCUUCUUGGACCCACAACUCCUGUUCAAAUAGGUGCUUGCAAGGCUCAACCAAUGACAUGCAGAAUCCGACACCCUAUCCCAAUUGUUCACAAAUAUGUCCAAGCAGGUGACCUCAUUAUUGGAUGUGUUACUUCAUUCGUCUUCAUAAGUAGAGAUGUAGAAAGUUUUGAGGAAGUUCCCAAGAAUUCUGUUGUUGGUGAACCACUAAUUCUGAUCAAGUAUUAUCAGCAUAUUUUGACCAUGAUAUUUGCUGUGAAUAAGAUCAAUGAAGACCUUCAGCUCUUACCUAACAUCACCUUAGGCUUCAUAAUCUAUGAUAGUUAUGGUGGAAAGUACACAUAUCAUGCUACAAUGGAACUUUUUUCUAGUCAGAGCCGAUUCAUUCCCAACUACAAGUGUGGCAUCUUGAGCAAACUUGUAUCUGUCAUUGGGACUCUUGAUCCUUCAAUUUCUUUUGAUAUGGAAGAUAUUUUGGGCAUUUUCAAAGUUCCACAGUUCCUAUAUGGACCUCCCCCAAGUACGGAAUGUAAAACUGAAAUCCCCUUCUACUAUCACAUGGUUCCAGAUGAAGAAUUCCAUUUCAGGGGAAUUCUUCAGCUACUUUUGCACUUCAGGUGGACCUGGGUUGGGAUACUUGUGAAAGGAUAUGGUGGAGCAAAAUUUGAACAACUGAUUUUUUCAUGGUUUACUCUCCAUGGUAUCUGUAUUGCCUUCUUAGAGCAACUCAGGACAAUUCAUAUGAACAGUGUGGAUGAUGGCCUGAAACUGCUUGUGAAUACAUUUCAUCUUUAUAGUAACAGCAAAGCUAACAUUGUGAUAAUCAAAGAUAAAUAUGUUUUAGAAUUAAGAUGGUUGUUAUAUCUACCUGAAAUGGAAAUAGUUUCUAUAAAGUCAAAAGGUAAGGUGUGGAUUAUUGCUUCACAAAUGGGUCUUGCAUCAUUCUUUUAUCAGAAAAGCUGGGAUAUCCAAGUCCUACAUGGUGCACUGUCCUUUGCAGCUUCUUCAAAUGAAGUUGAAGGAUUCCAGCAUUUUCUUCAGACAAGAAUGCAUUUUUCAUUCUUUCCCCAAGAUGGUUUCAUAAAAGAUGUGUGGGAGCAUGCAUUUGGCUGUGUAUUUCCAGACCAAUCUGUAAAUGAGGAUCCUGAGGGUGUCUGUACUGGGAAAGAGAAAUUGGACAGCCUUCCUGGGACAUUUUUUGAAAUGAAGAUGACCACUCACAGUUACAGUAUAUACAAUGCAGUGUACACUGUGGUACAUGCAUUACAUGCCAUACAGGUGGAUCAACAACCAUAUACAAGAAGGUUGAGUGGCAGGAAUCCUAAUCUUCAGGAUCUACAGCCAUGGCAGCUUCACUUCUUUUUGAAAAGAAUUGCAUUUAACAAUAGUGUUGGGGAUGAAAUUUAUUUUGAUGAGAAAGGAGAACUGGUUACAGGACUGGAUAUUGAGAACUGGGUCACAUUCCCCAACCAGUCUUUCCAUCGAGUGAAAGUUGGGAAGCUGGAUCCCUGGGCUGUUGAAGAUCAAAUGUUCACCAUUUAUGAAGAAGCCAUCACUUGGCCAAGCACUUUCAAUCAAAUGCUACCUAUUUCGGUAUGUACUGAAAGCUGCCUCCCUGGUUAUUUCAAAAGAAAGCAGGAGGGAAAGCCAUUUUGCUGUUAUGAUUGUCAUCCAUGUCCCAAUGAGAAAAUGUCAAGCCAGAAAGACAUGGAUGACUGUUCCAAAUGCCCAGAAGAUCAAUAUCCAAACCAGGAUCAGGAUUCAUGUCUUCCCAAAAGAAUAUCAUUCUUAUCCUAUGAGGAACCAAUGGGAAUAAGUCUAAUUAUUCUUGCAAUUUUCCUUUUUCUCUGCACAAAUGUGGUGCAGGUAACAUUUCUGAAGUAUCACCAUACUCCCAUCGUCAAAGCCAAUAACCGAAAUCUCACCUAUGUUCUACUCAUCUCCCUCCUCCUCUGCUUCCUUUGCUCACUGCAGUUCCUUGUUGAGCCAGGCGAUAUAAUAUGUCUCCUGCGACAAAUUAGCUUUGGCAUCAUCUUCUCAGUGGCUGUGUCUUCAGUACUGGCAAAAACCAUCACUGUGGUCGUGGCUUUCAUGGCCACCAAGCCAGGAUCCAGAAUGAGGAACUGGGUGGGAAGAGGAUUGGCCAUCUCCAUUGUUCUUUCUGGUUCCUUGAUUCAAGCAGGCAUCUGUAUAGUGUGGUUAUUCACAUUCCCCCCUUUCCCUGACAUUGACAUGCAUUCAGAAAUUGAAGAAAUCAUACUACAAUGCAAUGAAGGCUCAUCUAUCAUGUUCUAUUGUGUCUUGGGCUACAUGGGCUUUCUGGCAUCUGCCAGUUUUAUAGUUGCCUUUUUCUCUAGGAAACUCCCCAGUAGUUUCAACGAAGCUAAAUGCCUCACAUUCAGCAUGCUGAUCUUCUGCAGUGUGUGGUUCUCCUUCAUUCCAUCCUACCUGAGCACCAAAGGCAAAUACAUGGUGGCUGUGGAGGUCUACUCCAUUUUGGCCUCCAGUGCUGGAUUGUUGGUGUGCAUAUAUUUCCCCAAAUGUUACAUAAUUAUUUUUAGACCAGAGCUAAACAAAAGAGAGCAACUCAUUAAGAGAAAAGAUUUCAAUAACCUGCAAGUACAAAGAAAGGGUACUGUGGCAAGACACACAUGGGCAGAGAUGUACCACAGAAUCCUAUAUGGACCUCCUCAAAAUAUGAAUGGUAAAAUUGAUAUCCCUUUCUAUUACCGCAUGGUUCCAGGUAGAGACUUAUAUUUUAGGGGGAUUCUUCAGCUACUUGUCCACUUCAGGGUUGGGAUUCUUGUGAAAGGAGAUGGUGGAGCAAAAUUUGAAAAACUGAUAUUUUCAUGGUUUUCUCUCCAUGGUAUCUGCAUUGCUUUCUUAGAGCAGCUCAGGACAAUUUAUAUCAGCAGUGUGGAUGAUGGCCUGAAAUGGUUUGUGAAGACAUUUCAUAUUUUUACUAGCAGCAAAGCUAAUGUUAUGAUAAUCAAAGAGAAAUACCAUUUCUCAUUUUUUCCCAAAGAUGGUUUCAUUAAAGAUGUAUGGGAACAUGCAUUUGGCUGUAUAUUUCCAGAUCCAUCUGUGAAUGAUGAUCCUGAGAGUGUCUGCACUGAGAAAGAAAAUCUGGGGCCUUUUUUGAAAUGA